GCGGUGGCAGAGCGGGGACUUGCCUCCUUCGCCCCGGGUUCCCUCUGUCCCCUGGCACGACGCCUGCUCGUCCUCCUUCCCUCAGCCACCGCCUGGUGAAUAAUAAUUCAGCCGUGUCUUGUGCCGUCGCCUGGCCGGGCAGGGGUAAAGUUCCCAGAGGAAGCCAGGGCAAGCCGCUUAAGCCGUGAUGGCGGAGGGUAAAGACCCAAGGAGGCCGCCGUUCCCCUGCCGUGCCGGAUCCACCUCCCCGCCAUGUGGUGUUUUUUCGCCUGGGUUGGUGUGAUCCCAGGGGCCGGGGAGCCGCAGGCGAGAGCGGGUUGCCUAGGAGGAGCCGCUGCCGCCUCAAACCCACCCAGGGGAGGGCUGUGAUCCCUCCUCUGCCUCCCUGGAGGUGGGCCCUGCUGCCCCGGCCCCCGGCGUGGGGUGUGUGGGCGCCUCGCCCUUGGCAAAGGAGCCGUCAGGGAGGAGACCAGAGGGGUUCUCCUCAAGCAGGAGCCCUCUCCUGAGGUAAAGAGGCGCAGGCAGGAGGUGGGAAGGAAGCCACCCCAGCAUGACAAGCCCCGGCACCAAGGCAUCGUGGCUGUCGCAGCAGCCGAUGGUGAAGAGCGUGGUGGUGUAUCGCAACGGGGACCCUUUCUUCCCCGGGCGCCGCAUUGUCAUCAACGAGAAGAAAGUGUCCAACUUCGAGGUGUUCCUGAAGGAGGUGACGGGCGGGGUGAAGGCACCCUUCGGAGCCGUGCGUAACAUCUACACCCCUCGGGGUGGGCAUCGCGUCCGGCAGCUGGAGGAGCUUCAGAGUGGAGAGCAGUAUGUGGCUGGUGGCAGGGAAGCCUUCAAGAAACUCAACUAUUUGGACAUUGGAGAAACAAAGAAAAAACCUGCUGAAAUCAAUAAUGAGGUCAAGCCAGUUACUCACAGUAGGAUCACUGUGUCAGCUCGAUUUCGAAAACCACUCCAGGAGCCCUACACUAUUUUCCUGAUUGCUAAUGGAGACCUUAUUAGCCCUGUAACGCGCCUCCUUAUUCCCAGGAAGACACUGAAUCACUGGGAUCACAUUCUCGAAAUGGUUACAGGAAAAGUUACCCUCAGAAGUGGAGCUGUUCACAGACUUUACACGUUAGAUGGAAAACUUGUUCAGAAUGGGUCAGACUUGGAGAACGGGCAAAUUUAUGUUGCAGUGGGUAGAGAAAAGUUUAAGAAGUUGCCCUACGGUGAUCUGCUAUUUAGCAAAUCUACAAUGAGAAAGCCACAGGGUUCCAAAGCCUCUGUACUACCUCCGAUUGUGGGAUCUCGAAAAUCUAAAGGCAGUGGAAAUGAUCGGCAAUCUAAAUCUACCGUUGGAUCCAGUGACCCAGGAGAAAAUAGUUCCUCACCUCAGCUUCCCAAAGGGAAAGACAAAAAAAGCCAGAAUCCAGAAGAUUCUGUGUCCAGACGACACUUUUCAAACAACUCUACGAAAGUAAAACAGACAGUAAAAGUAACAGCAGCUUCCACAGGAGUCCUUCAAGAUAAUGGUGAAGAUAUUUACAAAGCCAGAGAGGAGGGGUCUGAAGUGUGGGGGGCAGCUGAAGUGCAGGAAGAUGAACAUACUCGUGUAGAAGUUCCGCUGGACCAGGUAUUGAUCGAGCUUUAA